AUGCCAAUUUAUUUGCUUCAACACCUUUUUAUCAUCUCUUUAACUUCAACAAUUAUUUGCCAAACAAAUUUUGGUCACGCAUACAACUUAUGCCAAGAUGACCAGAAAAUAUUGUUACUUGAGCUGAAGAAGGAGUUGAAAUUCAGUUCUUUUGUUGCAAGAAAAUUGGUGCAAUGGAAUAAGAGCGAUGAUUGUUGCGAGUGGGAAGGUGUGGGAUGCGACGCUGCAGGCCAUGUUGUGAGUCUGCAACUCGACAACCAAGGCAUUUCAGGUGGAAUUGAGAAUUCAUCAAGUCUUGUAAGUCUUGAUUAUCUUGAGAAGUUGAACUUUGCUCACAAUUCAAUCAAUGGGAGCAUUCCCACUCUAAAUCUCUCUAACUUGAUUGAGUUAGAUUUGAGCAGUAACCAACUCAAUGGCCCUAUUUCCGACUCUUUCAUCAAUCUAGUAAGCCUUGAGGUUCUCUCCCUAUCCAAUAACUUGUUCACUGGCAUUUUUCAACUACAAAAUAUUCAAAAGCUUCACAAUCUCACGACUCUCAAUCUUUCUCAGAAUAACUUUUCAAUUGAUGCUGCAGGCAGCAUUAGUUCCCAAAUAAAGAAGCUGAGCCUAUCUUCUUGCAACCUGCAAAAAUUUCCUGAUUUUCUAAAACAAUCCAACUUGAACUUUUUGGACCUCUCACACAACCAAAUAACAGGGGAAAUACCUAGUUGGAUUUGGGAAAUGGGAAAUGGAGAUCUUUAUCAUUUGAAUCUUUCUUAUAAUGCCUUGAUUGAUCUGCAAAAGCCUUUCCACAUUCCCAACUUCCUCGCGGAGCUGGAUUUACAUUCAAACCAGCUCCGGGGUGAGUUGCCCCUGCUGCCACAAGGCGCCUCCUAUGUAGAUUUAUCUCAUAACAAAUUUGACAGGCACAUCCCUCUCAACUUUGUUAGCUUCAACUUCUUUCUUAUUUUCUUAUCCAUUGCAAAUAACAGCAUAAGCGGAUCAAUUCCAACGUGCAUUUGCAGUGCCGAGGCUAUUCAACUUGUCGACAUUUCUUUCAAUAACUUGAGUGGUAGUAUACCUCCAUGCCUUGUGGAAAGGAUGUCUAGUCUUGAAAUUUUCAGUCUUAGAAGAAACAACAUCGGUGGUGAUAUCCCUGAUAAAUUUCCAACCAGUUGUAGCUUGAGGAUCUUGGAUCUCAACAACAACAACUUAGGAGGGAAUCUUCCCAAGUCCCUAGCAAAUUGCAAAUCAUUAGAGUUCGUGAGUGUCGGAGAGAACAACAUCGGAGGUAACUUCCCGUGCAUGUUGCCGUCAAGAUUGAAAGUUUUGGUGUUGCGUUCCAACAGGUUCGGUGGAGAGGUGAAAUGUGGUUGGCCAAAUCUUCAGAUCGUCGACAUAUCUUCUAAUAAUUUCAGUGGAGAUCUGCAUCACUUAAGCUUCUCAACCUGGAACAAGAUGACGCUACACAGUGAUGCAAAUAUGAAUCACGAAAGCUUGGGAAUUAACAUUGUACGUCCUGACUUGGAAUACUUGGCUCAAGUGACAUUAACCAUCAAAGGCUUACAGUUUGAGCUUCACAAGAUUUGGAUAAAGUUUACAUCUCUUGAUUUCUCUUGCAAUAAUUUCCAUGGAGAGAUACCAGAAGCAAUAGGUGAUCUGAGCUUGCUUCAUCUUCUCAACUUAUCCAACAACGCCCUCACCGGCCCAAUCCCAAAAUCAUUGGGUAAUUUGAGGGAGCUUGAAGCACUCGAUCUCUCAGUGAAUCAGCUAGCUGAGACCAUCCCGGUGGAGCUUACACGCCUCACAUUCCUUGGGAUCUUGAAUGUGUCCUACAAUAAGCUGGUCGGAAGGAUCCCACGCAGUCCUCAGUUUUCAACAUUUGGGAAUGAUUCAUACAUAGGAAACACAGGCUUAUGCGGUUAUCCGCUCAGCGUAAGCUGCAGGGACUAUGGAAACUAG